CAGUGUGUUGUUAUGGCUACUUGACUUCGUGUAGGCCAUCUUAAUUCUCAUUCUGCAAAAAUGCAAGACCACAGGAUAAAUAUUUUUAUGUCAAGAUUGUGGUUAAAAUUGGCAUUCACUCGACGGAUUUAAUUGUGUUGAUGAAAUCUGUGAAAUGUCACGCAAACUAAGCUGCCAAUACCAGCGGUGUUCUGCCAGAACGUUAACAUCGCUUCAAUGAAACAUGAAAAACCAACAAUGAAGAAAUAUUACCAGCUAGCAUUAGUUAUAAUCUCCAUUGUAAGCGUUGUCUCGCUUCUGUUCUACCGACAUGAGUACAACAGGCUGCGGUACGUCCUCGAGGUGCUGAACUUCUUCGGAAAACCAGGCCAAAGCAUUUCUGUGACUAGUGAGUGUACGACUUCAUUCCCAGAUGAUGCCUCUUGGACGAAUCCUACACCGAUGUGGCAACGUUUGACAGACACGCACUAUGUGUAUUCAGCAUUUUGGGAAGAGGGUCAGGUGAAGUCAGUGGGCGUGGCCACGACUGGCACCGACCCUAAGUUCCAGUGCCAACUGUGGUACAGUCAGACAAACCAAUCCGUGCCAGGUAAAUUUGGUUUUAGCUUGACAGACAGCAGUGAGAAGAGAUACGACAGAUUAAAACAUUCCAAACUGUUUGCUUCCCAUUUCUACUGCAAACCGAAAAAUGGUGUCGGUGUUCCGUUUGGUGUGGAGUUCUACAAGACUGACGAGCUGGUGCCUUUCAAAACUUUCGUCGCAGUGUACCAUGCGGAAGAAAAAUCGACAGUGGCGAACAGCACGGUUUUUUGCGUCGCGCCGGCCGGAACACUUCCUCUGCAGACGUCCGCAGUGGUGGAAUUCCUGAGUUACCACAGGCUUGUCGGUGUGGCCAAUUUCAUGGCUUACGACGGAGGAGCCUUGACCAGAAUAUCGUCGGCGUUGUCGUCUGCGAAGGUGGCAGCCGGCUACGACAUCGUCGCGACUUUCCUGCCGUGGAAUUUCCCGUUCUCGCAGCGGGAAGCCGGCGACGCCGCGACGGCUGCGUUGCAGUCGGACUGCCUGCUGCGCAACUCCGGGCGGCACAGGAACGUCGCGGUGCUCGCGUGGGACGAGUACGUCGUGCCGCGCUACCACCACCACCUGGGCGCGAUGCUCGACGACUUUGACUCGGGCCGGAAGACGACCGCCCGGUUCGAGAUACCGGCCGUCGCGUUCUGCAGCAACCUGCCUGACGACGUGAAGUCGAGGAAAGGCAUGCCGCUGGUGCUGCGCAAGACCCACUACGUGAGGACCGGCGGUGACGAGCCCCCGUUCCACGUUUACCGUCCGCACGUGAAGUCCGCUCUCGGAGACCCCUCGCUGACGACCCAGCGCAUCUCCCAAGGCAUCGCAGCCCUGCACCGCUAUGUCCCGUGCUCGGCGGAAGACAUCGCGUCAGGUAAGCCCGCCUUGUACGAGCCUGCAAUGCUUCGAUUCUCCGGGGAUCUUAUGAAGUCUGCUUUUUUGAAGUCCAAGAAGACAUUGGUUUGAUUGUAUUUGCACGCCCAUUGUAACUCUUAAAACUUCGGGGCCAACACAUUUUUCCUAUAAUUCACAGUUCCUUACUUUCUUGCAAGUCUAGUAGAGGCAGAAAGAUUUACGUAUUUUCAAAAGCAUCGUAGCUUAAUAUUUCUCCUGAUCUGGAAGCAUUUUUUUUUUUUUUUUUCAGCUUCAGAUUGUAUACCCAUUUAGAGUUCAUUGUUAGUCAUUUUUUAACUCUGUGAUUUACUGGGUUUUUUUCCUUCAAUUAUUUCAACAACGUACAUGUAGUGACACUUUAAAGUAUUAAAUUAAACUAUAAUUUCUUAAUUCAAUUUAAAAUUUCAUUCCUAAAUAUACAGGCAUGACCACAGUUAAGUCAUGUGAAGGGAAACAAUUGUGAUUGCUAUUAAUAAAAAUUGUUAUGAGUGCUAGCUUGAGCAGAGAGUUUGAUCUUAGAAAAAAAAAAAAUACUUGAUAGAAUUGCUUGUAAUAGGUCAUGUGUCCAGUAUUUUUUAUAAACUAUACUUAUAAUAAUAAAGUCAUAUUCCUAAACUUCAUAAUACCUUGGCUUGAAACUUUUUGGAAUUUUAACAUGCAUUUAACAGCUAAGCUUAAAUAUGAAAUAUUCUAUGCAUAUACCUAUUACUAAUUACUGAUCUUAAAAAAUGUUAUCUUGAAAUUUUAGUGCUGAUGGCUUUUUCGCAUGUAAAAAUGCCCAGUUUAAUUUUUUAAUUUAUUUUCGGUACAGAUGCCAAACUUAGCAGGGAUUUUAUCAAUUUUUAUCAACUUCAUUUUACUCAUAUUCUGUUGUGUUGAUUUGAUGUAAAAUCCAUCUCUCUGAGAAAAUGUGCAGUUAAAGUUAGGGUUAAUUAGUUGUACCUACCUAUAUUUUUUUUCAUGGAAAAGGGAAAGUAUUUAUGAGUACUCUACCUUAUUUCCAGGAAAUAGCUUAUGUUUGUUCAUUAGCACAGUUCUUUCCUACUCAGGUAAUUUAUCAUUUUUCCUCUAGAAAUGCUGGUGAAAGUGAUUGGUGUGAAAAUAGCCUGCUUGUUACAAAGCUCGUGUUAUCAAUUAUGUUGAUUAUUUUAUUAAAAUUUUAAUUCAAGGUGUUUUGUAAAUAAUAAUUGGUUUAAAAAAAUUAUGGUUGUGUUAGACUGCUUCAAGUACAUGAAUAAUAAUAAUAAGGUAACAGGGCAGAACAAUGGUUUCUGUAUAGGUUUUUAGAGGAGGGGAGUAUUAUAUUGAGCAACAGUAAAUACAUUUAUCAAAAUGAAGUUGAGUUUUCAGCAUGCAAACUACUUAUAGAACCUCAGCAAAUUCUCAAAUGCUUUUCGUAAUUCUCGAAUGCUUUUCGUAAUUCUCAAAUGCUUUUCGUAAGCAGACCCCCACUAGGAUGUCUCGAGUAGUUUUCAAAUCGAGUUGGUUUCCCAGAAGCUCUGCGCACCGUGUGUGUUCCCGGGCAGACGGGGACCUUAAAAGUUUAUUCAUUGUAGCUCAUUAUUUGUCAAUAGUGAGGGUUGUAUUUGUGUUGGUGAGGCGGGAUGGUAAGUGCAAAGUUUGUUGGUGUUCCUAACCGCGGUGUCGUCUCUGAACUGGCGCGCAGUCUUGUCAUCGUGCAUAGGACAACAAUGAGAUUUUAGCUGUGACCAUAACAUUUCACGGCGUAUAAAUGAAGGAAUAUUGAAAGUCCCUCAAGUGCUUUCAAAAAUCUGUACUGUUAAUUUCAUGCCUUUAAAUUGUUCCAAAAAGCUCAUUUAAGCCAUUUUCACUCUCCUAAAAAAUACAUUUCAAAAACGAAAUAUGGAAUCAGAACUACUCAUCUGCCCCCAGCGUAUUCUUAAAUGAUUUUCGUGAACAGACACCACUUAGACGUCUGGAGCCGUUUUUAAAAUCGCAUGGUCUCUUCCGACGCUAUGCACACUGUGUUUGCAUCCGGUUAGGCGGUGUCCUUAAAAGUUCAUGUCGGAGUAGCAUUUGUAUACGUUCCAACUUCCAACUCUGGGUAGCUUGAAGUGCAGUGGUAAUCAACUGUGAUAUUGUACGGUUUUUUCUGUGCUCUCGUUAUCAAUAUUCAGUGUUGGUAUCUUGUAUGUAUGUUGAGCAAUUUGUGUAUGUGCUUGGAUUACAUUGUGCGCCACAUUGUUAUUUCAUGCCAGUUAGGGGAAACUUUUGUUUCGUCUGCAUUUUGAAAGACAGGUUAUUGAGAGCAGGUGGAAAGAAAUUAUCACAUGUGGUAAGAGGUUAACCUUUGGAGUAGUAAAUAGUUGUGUAAUUUGCCUUCUAAAGUUACGAUGACAGACACAGCUAAAACAUUGACUUAUUGACUAUAAUGUGUGGUUUACAAAGGCUAGUAUUGGAAGCAACAUGAUUUGUCGAGAUGAUUUUGCUGUCGUGGAAAAAGCUUGUAAAGAGAGAAAAAAAAAGUCAAGAUUUUUCCCAUCAGUGUGUGAAUUUUUUUAAAGCAGUGUGCUAAAUGGUUUUUAUUUUUUUAUUGUUUUGUUUAAAUAAAAGUUUUUCAAAGCAGUAAUAAACAUAAUGUGAAAAACUUGUGGUACACAAGUAGUGUGCCAUUUCCAGUUUUCAUAAUUUAUUAAUUAAGUAUGCAUGCUUCGCUUUCAGUAGUUUAUAUGAAACUUCGAAGAAAGUAGCUUGCUUUCAAGGACUAGUAGCUGAUCUGUAUACAUCUAAAUGAAUCAGAUUUUUUUUUUUAAUUAGUCCAUAUCUCUUUUAAUAUGUAUAUUAAAACUAUUAAGCCUUUUCUGCAGUUAUUGUAGUUCAAGACCUUACUUCAAUACUUAACCACAACUUUAUAUUCAGUAGGAAUAAAUGCAAUUUAACUAAUUGAAAAAUAUUUCCAGCUCAUUACAUAACGUUGCCAAUUCUUCAUCAAACUUUUACUCUGUUUCUCUAAAUGCCGAGCUUAUAUACAAAUAAACAAAAUUAUAAGUUUCCCCCACCCCCCAAGAAUUUAGUUGUAGGAAUGUGGAUAAUUUAACAUUAUGUAAGACAACAUAAAGAUGUACACAAUGUUAUAUUUAACUAACAAAAUAGUGAUCUGUACAUGUGAUGUAACUGUUUAUAUCAAAGGAAGAAUAUUAUGUGUUUUUGUAUACACACUGCAAAAAUAAAAUUAAAAAAAUCACUUGCGUUGAUUUUAUUGUGAGAGUUAAUUUCAAUAUUGUCUUAUAGCUACUUUGGUAACAUGAAAUACACUACUGUCAAAAUAAACAUAUAUAUUACUGAUACUGACAUAAUAUUUUAUAGACUUAUGCCACCUCUGUUAGACAUUUUAAAAUUUUAUGGUGAACGAGCAUUAGAAAUAACCUAAAUAUUUCAGAAAUUAAUUUGAAAAGUGAGAGGUUGAUUAAAUUACGUUCUGUCAAUUUUUCUUAUUUGGAUAAAAAAUUAUAUAAUAUUAUAGUAGUGGUCUUGGCUGCAAGUAUGAUUUUGGUCACAUUUUAAUACAUUUUAUUUUUGCAGUGUGUAAUGUAAUCUUGCUUUUUGCUAUAAAAGUUAUCGUAAUGUUGCUGAUAUGUUAACUGUACCAAUGGGUGUGUCUAUGAUACGAGUUGGUGAUAACAUGGGCUUCCAUUGAAGUAAAAUACUAAAAUCUUCAUUAGACGGACACAUUGCAAAUGGAAAUGAAAAAUUGCUAGCAACAAAAAAGUAAUUUUUUGAGUAGUGUUUUUGCCCUUUUAAGUUUCACAUAGUAGUGUAUUCUCUAUCAGGAUCAGUACUCUCUAACUUCAACCGUCUUAAAAAUUAAUUUCUCAUUUAAAUGGAAUGCAGCUUAAUUGACUAAAUCUUAAUUUCCAUGCAGACAUACAUACAUACGUAUUUAGCAGCACUGUUUGCUGAGUUCUCGAAAUGCCUGCUGAACAAAUUUUUAAAAUUAUUUAUGUAAAUUCACAUGUUUAAUAAAAAAUUUCUUACAACUUAAUAAAUAUCACAAGGUUAUUUUUUAAAUAUAUAGUUGGCAUAAUCAAACAUAACACAAAAAUUGAUCGUAGAAAUAUUGUUAUGUUAGAAAACUAAAACCUUUGCAGAGAUAAUAUUCACAUUAUUUAAGUGGACAUACUAAAACUCUUUAUGUUUAAUGUGAGAAUAUAAACUUAUAACCUUUCAUGUGCCAUUUUAUUGCGUUUAAUAUGACUAUGCACUAAAACACAAUCAAAAAAUUUUUUUUUUCUCAUUGCGGGUGAGGGCAGACUGGAGCUUGACAUUUCCCCUUAAAUUAUUAUCGCUCGAGAAUGUCCAUGACUUUUCUAGGACUUAAAGUAAAUUCCCUAACUUUCCCUGACCAGUUUCAAUUUCCUAGACUUUUUUCUUACUGUUCAUGAUGUUUACACUGUUUUUAUAUGCACUACUUAUGAAAUUAUCUGUAUUUAACUCUGUAAAGCACGCAUCCAUAGAGUGACACUGCUGCUUAUAAUGUUAUAAUCAAAAUUCAAAUUCUUGAAAAACUUUGUAUUGCCUGUACUUGGCUCAUUCACUAGGUGGCCCGCAGGUUUUCUUCAGAGGAAAAUUAUAUCACCAAUCUCUCAUUUCCCCUUCCCCUCUUUUUUUUCCAUCCCAAUAUGGCCUCAUGAAUAAACUAAUUGAAUUAGCUCUGACCUAUAAGUUAGAUUCAGCCAAAAAAAAAAUCACUCAUUUACACUUAAUAACCAGAGACUGUAGGAACUAAGUAAUUUGUCUCCUUGUGAAGAAUAAUUCAUGAUUUUGAAUGUCAGUUUAGUUAAUCCGUGGAAUAUGUAACUUCCGUACUAUGUGGCAGUUUUCAUUUAAUUUCACUGUUGGAAAAUUUUUCAAUAGAGAGAUUAUUUUAAGUCGUAACAAGUGUCAUCAAGGCAGACAUAGUUAUUAAAUACUGUGCAAGUCAUUAUUUAUGACAGUUGCACAGUAAUAAAAUAUAAUAUUAUAAUAUAAACACAUAAGAAAGUUUCACAGUUAAUUCUGUUUCGUUAAUAAAAACUAAAUUGUGUGUUAGUUGAAGGUUGUGGUAUCCUUGUAGUGCUAGCGAAUGUUAUAUGGAAUUAAUGUAUGUAAUGUAUAUAAUAUUUUCAUUCAUACCAAAAAUUGUGUUGUUUUUGUAACUUUGUGUGAUGUUUUGUUUGUUUAAGUCUGUUGCCAAAUUUCAGCUAGUAAUAUUUUAGUUGAAUUGAUCCCUAAUUAUUAUACGUAGUUUGUUUUGUCGAAAGAGAAUUAGUCAGUUUCUACUAUUUACGCCAUCUUGUUUUAGUUCCAAACAUUUCCAGUGCCUAUUAGAUAGAGACUGAGAGCUUUACUUGAUACAUUUUUGUAACCUUACCUUCUGUUUUUGUUAUCCAAUUUUUUUCACACAUUCCAUUCCUUAUUCAAAUCACCAGCUACUCCACUCAUUCUAAUUCCUUGGGACCUCAUCAUUUAUUACGUAGUCUCCUGUAGUAUACUCUACACAUGAUUUGGAAACCACCACAAAAUUAAAUACAGUUGGCAUUCAUUGCUGCAGUCUUGGGUUUGGCAAAUUGUGUAAUCUGGCAUCAUUGGUGAACUUCCUCCCCGAUUUUUUCAAUUCACUGUCUUCAACUGGGAUGUUCAGUAUGUGGAAGAGGGGGUCCGGAACAACCAUUAUAUUGGUUUUUUUGGUUGAGAUGUUUCUUGAUUAUCGCACUAAAUUCUCAGGGAAUAGUAGAAUUAGAAUUAAAAUGUUAACACACAGAAAUUUAAGUAAUGAUUUUGCUUGAGAAAAGAAAACUGAACAUUCUAAUAGUUUGGUUUUUAUUUAAUUGUUUUUUAAUACUUUGUUCUUACGUCAAUUGUUUGAUGACAACUUGUUAAGGCAAGUCAUAAAUACAUUUUAAUAUUAUUAAGUUGGAGUUUGCCUGAAAGAUAUUCUUACAGUAACACGUGUGCAAACUGUUGUUUGAUACAGACUACUUGGAAAUACAAUAAUGCCAACCGCUUUUGUGUACGAGGCAUGUCAGGUGUAAUGUGGAGGAGAUACAUUAUUUUAGCUCACUAAGGAUUACAAUAAUCCUUCUAAAAAAAUCUCUGUAAACUUAUGUAUGUAAGUUGGUACUUUCGUCUACUGUCUUAGCUAUAUCCUUGUUCAGGGUUUUUAUCUCUUGUGUGGUACUUUAAACUCAGAAUUUGGGAGGACUCAUGUUGCAGUCUCAGUGGCACCGUCUGGUCUUGAUUUUGGGUUUCAAAUGCCUCGCUGUUGACGAGAAAUAAUGCCAUAGUAAAACAAACUUACAAUAAAAUUUUCCCCCCGACUUGUUCAUAAUGUUCUUUAUUUCCUACUGCCCUUGAUAGCACUGCCAAGUAAUCCGUACAUUUUAUCAGUACCAAUAGUCCCCUUAUCUCGAGAGCUCUCCUGGCAAGCAGUUUCCCAUGCUAGUUGAAGAGAAUUGGUGAUAAAAAUAUCUGCCUGUUGUUUCCAGUUGUGCACAUCUUUUUACCAUUUUCCCACAGUUCUUCUGGUAUCUCCUGUGGACCUAUGGACCAUGUCCUUCAGCUCCGUCCCACCAUCACCUUGCCUUUACUCAUUCUUCCAGUGACAAUUAUAGCUGUGAUGGUUGGACUCGUAAAUAUUCCCAUGCGGUGUAAAUUCCUUGUCCUGGUCGUUGACAACUUUCCCUGUAGCAGCCACCCUACACUACUAUUUUUUUUUUUAAUUCUAUUUCUGAUUGUUUAAAGAUGGUUAUUGGCAUGAUUGCAGUACCAUCAACAUAACGUUUAACACCUAUAAAACUCUACUGGGCAUUUUUGUAUGCCCUGUCAUGGCAUUUAUUUACUUUUGCACCGACCACUUCACAUUUUUAAGGAAGGUGGCUUUCUUUGUUACAAACUCGGCUAACUCACUAUCUUGCCUGUAAAUAAACUGAGUAAAUUUUACCCAUUUUUAUAAUACUGCAAUCCUCUGAAAAUGUUCUUAAGUAGGGUUGCUUCUAACACGUGAUCGGUGCUGCAAGCUAUUUCAAUGAACGGAAGACCAAGAAGACGUGAGUUGGGCUACCUUAAGAUCUGUUUUACAACUGAAAAUUAGGAUUUUUGCUAUGUAUUUUCUGCUGAUAGAGAGGAGAGGAAAGCAAAAAAAAAAAUAUUCUAGGAACUACUGUAGUGUGAAUGUUAUACAGGAAAAAGAGUGGUGCCUUAAGGCUUGAGGUGAGAUUGCAAUGAGUUAUUGUUAUCCUAGCUGUUGUGUUUUGUUUCAGAGGAUGUCUUUGGUAUGUUAAUGUUUUGUAUUCAUCAGUUUCAUUCAUUUUUGUACGUAGGAGAAUUUACGUUGAUCAGGAUACUGAUGUCCACACACAUUCUUCAAUUAAUUAAUUUCUUGCAAGCCAAAUCAUCUUUGCAACCAUCGCACAGAUGUCAUUACUUACAAAAUAGGUAUCUUCGUGUGUAAAUUUUUAUCAAACAGGGUUUUAACAAUCACUGCUUCCAUUUUUUCUUGUAAAUUGUUCCAAAAAUCUUUCACUCACUUUUUAUGAGAUACGUACUUGUAUUUUGUAACCAGUGCAAUGUUUUUUAUACUUCGCUCUACCACAGUCUACUGUAAUGAAUACACAAGCUGCACUUAUUUGUCAGUAAUACAUUGAUACAAUCACAAAGAAAUGUGAAAAUAAAUUAAGUUUGAUGCAUUGCAAUAUUUAUGUGUGUGUUAAUGUUUUAUAUUCCGUGUAAAUUUUUUACUCUUUAAGGUGUUACAUUUUCUGUUGUAAUAUAUAUUUAUAACAUGUAAUUGAAUUUUUUCUAAUAAAUUAUUCUGUGCUAUGAGAUUGAAAUUUUUUAUUGAUGAAACUGGAUGUGUUUAAUAUAAAUUUUAUCUAGUUCCGAUAAUAAACUUUUUAUGCACACCAUUGUUUAUAAUUGUAGUCAUUUUGAAGAAUGGAAAAAUAUAUAUAUUGUGCUAAA